AUGGACCGGCCAGGCGGCCCCGGGGAAGCCUCGUGUCCGCAACCCCCAGACCCUCCGUCUUCUCCACACGCGUCCCGAACCCCGCGCGCUGCUCUCCUCCCGGUCCGCGCACCCGCCAGGGGUCCCGGGAGGAGGUCGGGGUCUCACCGCGCGCCGCCCCCAGGCUCACACUCGCUGCGGUAUUUCUCCACCAACGUGACCUGGCCCGGCCUCAGGGAGCCCCGGUUCAUCAUUGUCGGCUACGUGGACGACACGGAGUUCGUGCGCUUUGACAGCGACGCGGAGACGCCGAGGAUGGAGCCGCGCGCGCCGUGGAUGGAUCGGGAGGGGCCGGAGUACUGGGAGAGGGAGACGCGGGGAGCCAAGAGCAACGAGCAGAUUUACCGAGUGAACCUGAGGACCGCGCUCGGCUACUACAACCAGAGCGAGGGCGGUGACGUUGGUCACAUUCAUUGGCCUGGAGCUUUACCAGAACUGCCCAGCUCCUCAACAGGAAGGAGACCGCAGGGGUUUGCGUGGCUUGGUCAGGAGUUCGGUGGUGCUGAGCUGGACCGUCACACGCAGCAGUGAUUGGGCGGCUGCGACGUGGGGCCCGAGGCGCGCCUGCCCCGCUGGGACCCGCAGUUCGCCUGUGACCGCGAGGAAUUCCUCAACCUGAGUCAGAACCUGCGUUCUGGACAGCGACAAGCAGCGGGGCAGCUCAGCUCUGCAGGCAAAUCAGGAGCCCACCCGAGGGGCAGCUGCCAGCGCUGCUGAAGAAACAGGGAAGGAGAGGCUGCUGCGCUCAGGUGCCCGGGAGCCAAACCCUGCCGAAGCUGCUGGCCCGGGGUUGGGGAACUGGGGUGCAGCGUGGGGACAGAGGACCUGGGGCAUGGCUCCGGGUUGAGCACUGCUGGCUUAGAUCCUUGACAGUUAACUCACUCCUCCCAGAGCCCUGAAGGGCCUCAGUCCCCCUGUGCUCCAGCCCUUCUCUUUCUGACAGCUAAGAAAUUCCCUUUCUCCCACAGGAGACCAAGAUUUUAGUAACUGAGCAACUACUUCUUUACUUGAGCAAUGGCCCUGGACACUUAGGGAGCUUUUUCACUCAGGCCUCCUUCUGUGCCUACUCUUCAAGAUCUCUGGAGUGUGACUCCAGCUUUUCUGAGUGUCCUGCCCUCGCCCAGCUCAGAGUCAGGCUGCAGAGACCUGAAGCCUCCAUAUUGUCACCCUCACAGCCUAGGGCAUCCCAAAGAACAGGUCAUCCCAGGCCUGUGCUCUGGCUGGGGUCUAGGUUAUGGACACCCCAAUCCCACCUCAGGUCUCCUAUCCAUUCCCAGGAAGAUCACAGGAACACUGCUGAGUCGCCAGAAGAAAGCAAGACCCAUCAUCCUUCCAACUCUUCCCCAGUUCCCCCAAAGGCACAUGUGACCCAUCACCCCAGACCUUAAGAUGACAUCAACCUGAGGUGCUGGGCCCUGUGCUUCUACCCUGCUGACAUCUCCCUGACCUGGCAGUUGGAUGGGGAGGAC